AUGACCAGUGAGCGUACCUUCAUUGCUGUUAAGCCUGACGGCGUCCAGCGCUGCCUUGUGGGCGAGAUCAUUCAGCGCUUUGAGAAGAAGGGCUACAAGCUGGUUGCUCUGAAGAUGCUGCAACCUUCGGCUGAACAGGCUCAGCAGCACUACAUUGAUUUGGCCUCGAAGCCGUUCUACAAAGACCUUGUCGCGUACUUUUCCUCCGGUCCGAUUGUUGGCAUGGUGUGGGAAGGCAAGGGUGUCGUGAAGGGCGGCCGUGUGCUGCUGGGCGCAACAAACCCUGCUGACUCACUCCCUGGCACGAUUCGUGGUGACUUUGCCGUUGACGUGGGCCGAAACGUGUGCCAUGGCUCUGACAGCGUUGACAGCGCUAAGCGCGAGAUCGCAUUCUGGUUCAAGCCGGAGGAACUCGUGAACUGGACAUCACAUUCCGUCAAGCAGGUCUACGAGUCUGCAUAG